AUGUCGAGGCAACCCGAGAUCGGCCAAAUUCCUGCUGAUGCUGUGAAGGAAUCCGCGCGCCUGCACGAGCCUAUUUUUAACAAGCGCAACGCAAUCGUCGAAAAGAUCGACGGGUUCUGGUCGCAGGCGUUGGUGAACUGUGUAUCUACGAACGUGUACAUUGACGACGACGACCACGCGCUGCUCGACCACUUGACAAAGGUGGAAGUAAAGCGCAACCCCGAGGAACCCCGCGCCGCCACGAUCGAGUUUCACUUUUCGCCCAACGAGUUUAUCGAGGAGCCCGUUCUUGUAAAGGAAUUCAAGCUCGACCCCGCGGCAGGCGAGUUUAGCGCACAGUUCGAUUUUGCGUCCGAGACAGUGCCGCAGAAGACGAAGGUGACGUGGAAAUCAGAGGAGAAAAAUUUAUCGAAGCGCAAGCCCACGACUGGGACGCUGCGGGACGAUGCUGUUGUUGAGGACGAGGACGAGGAGGACGACUUUGAGCCCGGCUCGUUUUUUUCGAGUUUCUUUGACAGCGAGAGCCGCCAGGUGGCUGGCAGCAUUGGGCGUGCUAUUGUCGAGGACCUGUUCCCCAAUGCGGUCCAGCACUACGAGAAUCCUUCGCUGUACGACGACGAAGAGGAGGAGGAUGAGAGCGACGACGAAGAGGAUGAGGAAGACGAGGACGAUGCGGAUAAAGAGAUCGACCUCGAAGAGGAAGAGAAGCGGCCCUCGAAAAAGUCGCGCUCUAAAUAG